AUGCAGAUCUCACGCACCGUCAUCGAUUGCGAUCAUAAACGUUUUUCGCUCACAAACUAUUUUUGCCGCUCGCCGGUGCGCCGGUCACCGCAAUCCCAUUCCAGGGCGCCAUCUGCUUUACCCGCCAGCGGCUCGGCACUGGAGGGUUUGGCCUUGCGCCCAGACAAGCCCGUCAUUGCGGUUGAUCUUGACGAUGUGCUCAGCCAAACCAAUCGCGUGGUGGCGGAAUGGCACAAUGACACCUAUGGAUCCAACAUGACCCUCGCACACUUUUAUUAUUAUUACUAUUGGAAGAAUCCGUUCUGGGGAGCGCCUGAGGAGACGUUCAGAAAAGUAGAAGAAUUCUACAGAACUACCCGACUAGAUGAGGCCCCUCCAGUUGAAGGGGCGUUGGAAAGUCUCAAGAAGCUCAUUGGAAGGGGCUUCCAACUGGUGGUCGUGACCGCAAGGCAGCAGCGCGAGAUGGAACGGAGCAUGCGCUGGCUGCAGCGGCACUAUCCCGGGAUUUUUGAGACUAUGAUCUGCACUGGGCAGUCCCAGGAAACUUUGGCAGAUGAGCACGAAGCAUUGACGAAACUUUCCAAGGCGCAGGUUUGUCAUAAGCUUUGUGCCAAAUUCAUAGUAGACGACUCCAUCGAGAACGCGCACAAGUGCGCCCGCGCCAAUCCCCCAGUGCCGGUCCUUCUUUUCGGUGACAACAGCUGGAACCAGCGAGAAGCCAAGUUCGGCGACAUGAAAGACGAACUGAGCUUCGACGAGAAGCUGGAGCUUGAGGGCGGCCGCGAAUUCUGGCGCGACGAUCUUGCGACAAUCCCGGAGGGAAUCACCAGGGUAAAGAACUGGCACGCAGUCGUGCAAUGGGUCGACGAGAACAUCCAGCUCUGA